CGGGGCUAACCCGGAGUUGGCAGGCCAGCGUUCAAAUCGCUGCUCCCGGAGGCAGCCUCCUAGUUUUGUCCUCAGGUCUGGUGACCCGUUGCUGGGGGCUGCGAUGGAGUCGGAGUGGGACGCGCUGAGGGCGCUGGGGGCGGUUACCGCCUUGUGGCUGCUGCUGAGGGUGACCUGGGAGGUGGGCCACUUAGUCUAUGUCUACCUGCUGCCCCAGGCACGCCGGGGCGCCCCUUGGCUCCGGGCACAUGGAGCCUGGGCAGUGGUGACAGGAGCCACCAGCGGCAUUGGCAAAGCCUAUGCGCACGAGCUCGCCAGGAGAGGUCUGAACAUUGUCCUCAUCAGUCGAAGCCUGAGCAAGUUGGACUACGAGGCAAAGGAGAUAGAGCGGCUUCAUGGCAGGAUCACACGAGUCAUCCAGGCCGACUUCACCGGGGGCCUGGAGAUCUACGGCGCCAUCGAGGCAGGACUGAAGGACCUGGAGAUCGGAGUGUUGGUGAACAAUGUGGGCAUGCUGUAUACACCUGGCUUCAAGAAACUGCUCGACUGUGACAAUGUCGCCAAAAGACUCUCGGAUGUUGUAAACUGCAACGUGAUGUCUGUGGUCCAGAUGACUGCAAUUGUCCUGCCCCAGAUGGUCGCCAGGGGCAAAGGCAUCAUCAUCAACAUCUCUUCGUUAUCUGACAGGAGACCCUGUCCAUUUUUAGCAGCAUAUGCAGCCUCUAAGGCCUUUGUGCGAAGCUUCUCCCGGGCGGUGGGCGCAGAGUACUUCUCUCAGGGCGUCGACGUACAGACAGUGAGCCCCUACACGGUUGCCACAAACAUGACCCGUGACGUGAGCUUCGGAAAGAAUGCCGAAGACUUUGCUCGGGAGGCGCUGGACACUCUUGGCCUCACCUCGCAAACGCCUGGGUGCCUGAGCCACGCUUUGCAGAGUUUCCUGCUGCCUCUGCUGCCCAGUUGGUUUUCUCUCUCGCGCUGGGGAGUGAAGUUGACAUCUCUGUGGGCGAACAGGCUUAACGAGAAGUUCGCGAAUUAAAGGCAUUGAAGAGGCGUGGCCGCUUGUCCAUCCUCCCCCGCCCCCCAAUCCCGGGCCAGAGCUGUCGUUGUUAGCAAAGAUGUCCCACCCGGGAGAACAGACAGACAGGCAGGCCAAUGGAACAGAACUGGACCCCCCGAACACCUGCACAUUUGGUGACAACUGCAGAUCUCAAACCUCUAAUGGGAAGAUGGAGUAUUCAAUAUGUGGCGUUUGGGGAAAAACAAAAAAUAUACAUAUAAUUGUAGCGGU